CUGCGAAUUCUUCAAGUUUCAGAUUCGACGCCAAAACCGAAACGCGAAACGGUUGUGAACUACGAGUUUACGGAAGACUCAGUACCGCCGAGUAGUUGUUGUUGUGGAAAAAUAAAAGUCGGCUGCCGUAUUGUCGCGAUUUGUUCGCUGCUAGCGAUAAUUGCGAACGCGGUCCUCUACUUCUUCGGAAUCCCACGACUUGGUCUCAGUGGAACGAUUGAGAUUCUUCUACUCAUCGUCGACUUUAUCACUGUUUUCUUUCUGUUUCUCGGACUAUCGAAGAAACGAGCGCGAUUGCUAAAGCCAUACCUCUUUUUCAAUGUAAGGCUGUUUGACAUUCAUCAAUAUCUCAUCAAGGGAGGCGAGCUAUCGAACAACAUUCUCUUCAAUCUUCACAGUAUUCUACGGUGUGAAAACUUAUGCGAAAUGAAACUGCUUGUUGUAGUUUCAUGCUUGGUGACUGCCGCGGUGAUGUUAGGACUGAUUGCGGUCAUCAUCGUCGAUGUAUUCUUCGUUCACGUCGUUUAUCGAACAUUCCACUUCUUCGCCUAUCAAAAGGACAAAACAAGAAGACGACAAGGCGAUCAGACAUCUACGACCGACCUAUGA